AUGGAACAGUUCUCAAAUGGUAGCGGUCUGGUUAACACCGUAAACGACGAACUCAAACCUCCCCGAUCCAUUUUACCCGAGCCUCACCAGCUGCAAAAAGUAAAAGAAGAACAAUGCCCGAUCAUGAAAGAAAACGUCGCCGACAUAGAUACUGUUUCUAUCUUCCCAUCAUUCGAGUUCCAGCCGAGCUGGCUCCGAACAAAGGAGUUUUGGGACAAAUCUUUUGAAGAGCGCUACGAAAAGAUUCGCAACGACAGUCGCCGUCCUGGAUUAAAGGUCAUCGUGGUGCCCCACUCACAUAACGAUCCGGGAUGGUUGAAGACAUUCGAGCAGUACUUCGAAUGGAAGACUAAGAACAUCAUAAACAACAUCGUAAUAAAAUUGAACCAGCAUCCGAACAUGACAUUCAUUUGGACAGAGAUUUCGUUUCUUAACGCAUGGUGGGAGACUUCACAUCCUGUUAAACAAAAGGCACUCAAAAAACUAAUAAAGGAAGGACGACUUGAAAUAACGACUGGUGGUUGGGUAAUGCCGGACGAAGCUUGUACCCAUAUCUACGCGUUAAUCGAUCAGUUUAUAGAAGGUCACCAUUGGGUUAAAACGAAUCUUGGAGUCACCCCUAAAAUCGGCUGGUCAAUUGAUCCCUUCGGCCAUGGACCAACAGUACCAUACAUUCUAGAUCAAAGCGGACUGGAGGGCGCGAUCAUCCAACGAAUCCACUACGCCUGGAAACAGUGGCUUGCUCAACGACAGAUUGAAGAGUUCUUCUGGUUGCCCGGAUGGAACACUAAGAAGCCAUCUUUAAUAGUACACAACCAACCUUUUGACAUUUACUCUAUUAAAAGCACUUGUGGUCCUCAUCCGUCUAUUUGUCUGAGCUAUGAUUUUCGUAAAAUUCCCGGCGAGUAUUCCGAGUACACUGCAAAACACGAAGAGAUAACGGAACACAAUCUUCACAGCAAGUCUAAAACGUUAAUAGAAGAAUAUGAACGCAUUGGAUCGCUUACCGCUCACAAUGUAGUACUGGUACCUCUCGGCGACGACUUCAGAUACGAAUUCGACUCUGAGUUCGAUGCACAGUACGUUAACUACAUGAAAAUGUUUAAUUACAUUAACAGUCACAAAGAACAAUUCCAUGCAGAAGUUCACUUCGGUACCCCUUUGGACUAUUUCAAUGCUAUGAAGGAAAGGUUGAAAGGUAACAUACCAAGUUUAAAGGGCGAUUUCUUUGUCUACUCUGACAUAUUCAGCGAAGGAAAACCCGCGUACUGGUCUGGGUAUUACACAACACGUCCCUAUCUUAAGAUUCUAGCACGCCAAUUCGAACAUCAACUGAGAACAUCCGAAAUUAUCUUCACGCUCGUCUCCAAUUUUAUUCGACAGUCAACUGAUCAUAGACUUGUUUCUGCCGAAAAGCGCCUAGAAAAGUAUUAUGAACAAUUGGUAAACGCAAGGCGGAAUUUGGGACUUUUCCAGCAUCACGAUGCUAUCACGGGCACUUCGAAGGCUAACGUGAUGAACGAUUACGGCACCAAACUAUUCACCAGUUUAUAUCACUGCAUUCGUCUGCAAGAAUCUGCUCUUACGUCCAUUAUGUUACCGGAUGAAAAAUUGCACUCCCAAAACAUUUUGCAGAGUGAAGUGGAAUGGGAAACGUAUGGUGCUCCGGUCCGUAAACUCCAAGUGUCCUUGGUGGACAGAAAGAAAGUAAUUCUCUUCAACCCUCUAGCAGAACGACGGACCGAAGUAAUCACUCUUAGGUCAAAUACAACUGACAUUCGUGUUUACGAUAGUAGAACAAGACAGCACGUCCAACACCAAAUAACACCUAUUAUUGAAGUUCUCGACAACGGAAAACGUGUGAUUAGCAAUACUAAUUUCGACGUCCAGUUUGUUGCAACUCUUCCCGCUUUGACCACAGUAACUUUCAAACUUGAAGAAUACAAGAAUGUGUCAAAACACUGUCUCGUUUUUUGCAACAAUUGUUUUGACAACAAUUCUGAGAAACCAUCAAAUUUCGUUAUAAAGAAAAUGAUGCCUGGUGAUAUUCAACUCGAAAAUUCAGUUUUAAAAUUACUUGUAAACAGAAAUAAUGGAUUGUUGAAGCAAGUUUAUAGGAAGGACGCGCGGAAGAAGAACACAGUGGAUAUACAAUUCGGAGCCUACCAAAGCGCGCAGAGACAUUCGGGAGCUUAUCUGUUCAUGCCAGAUUACGAUGCACCUGAGAGACACGUCCUUAACCAAUAUGCCAAUUGGAACAGCGCACAAGACGACAACAUUUUUAUAAUAUCCGGGCCGGUAUCCACUAAAAUAAUAACAAUGUAUGUGCCGUUUUUGAUCCAUACAAUUACGAUAUACAACGUGGAAGAACCGGCGAUGCUUCACGCCAUAUCGAUCGAAAAUGUUGUAGAUUUUGAGAACCCACCUAAAAAUAGAGAGACUGAACUCUUUAUGCGAAUCGAAACUAACAUCCUGAACGGAGAACCACCGGAGUUCUAUACGGAUCAGAAUGGAUUCCAAUAUCAGAAGAGGGUUAAAGUUGAGAAGGUGGGUAUUGAAGGGAAUUAUUACCCGAUCACUACUAUGGCUUGGAUUCAAGAUGAUGAUACGCGAAUCACUCUGAUCACUAACCAUGCGCAGGGCGCCUCGGCCUUCGAACCCGGCCGUCUUGAAGUAAUGCUCGAUCGACGAACACUGUACGAUGACUUCCGCGGCAUUGGUGAAGGCGUGGUCGACAACAAACAAACCACAUUCCAAAAUUGGCUUCUCAUCGAACCUACUAACUUUGAUAAAGCUAAAAGAGAUAUUAACGAGAAAUUCCAAAACGUACACGAAAGGUUCUUUAGACCUGAGGAGAAAACGAAAGAUUAUCAAUUGCCAUCGCAGAACGCUGAUUACUUGAGCCGGUGUCUGAACUACCCCGUGAACGUUUAUUUGGUGGAUACGAGUGAGGUGGGCGAUAUAAAAGUGAAGAAGUACCAGUCUUUUGUGCAGACCUUCCCGCCGGGUAUCCAUCUUGUUACUAUGCGUACUAUUACCGAUGAUAUUCUCGAACAGUUCCCGAGCUCGUCGUGCUACAUGGUACUACAGCGACCUGCCCACAGUUGUAGCGUAGGAAUACGUCGCUCGAAACCGACCUCGUUCACACCUAAGACCCGGUUCAACGGACUUCAUAUCAGGAACUUGACAUCAGUCAGCUUAACCGGCCUUAAGACGUAUAACACUCUGUUCGGUAUAGAAGACGUGAAAUUAGAACCGGUAGAGGUUAAAACAUAUAAGGUCAAGUUUUGAAGACUGUUAAAUUAAAUCAUUAGGAAAUAAUCAUACUAUUGCUGUUCUAGAAGUAUUUAGUCAGCAUUAAUGUUAGUAAACGCUUUUCACAUAUCUCCUAGGUCCAAAUUCAAUCCGAUGCACUCGGGAGAUUUGUUCGAUGUCUAUGUAAAAUUAAUAUUAGGAAUAAUGUGCAUAUAAUUAUGCCUUUCCACUACCGAAACAUUUGUGUGAAAA